UGUUUACUUAUUCUGACGUUACUCCGAGGGGUGCGACAUCCGACAAUAUCGUUGAUUGGAUCCAACAUCAAACGUAUCGGACUAACAAAGUUGUUUGUUGGACGAGUUUUUCUGUUCGCAGGAGUAGACUUGUUGGCAGAACCCACAGCUGAAUUGUCAAACAAACGUCUAAUGGAUUGCCUAAUUCCAAUUCCGGAUCUUCCUUUUGCUCUUGAAAUGCAAACUAGAAAUUUUUACUUCCUUUUUUCAAUCGUACAGGCAACGGUCUGAUUGAUUUGAUAGGUCUGCAAUUGCAUAUUUAUUGGGAACUAGCUAAUACCCAUGCGCGUUACUGCGAUUUUCAACGAAAUAGGAGGAAAACACAAUUUGUUCCGUAGCGCCAUCUAGCGGGCAGAUAAUCACCAACCAAUGACACACAAACACGCUCCAUAACAAAUCGUCGCUGUUGUGCUACCUUAUGACAAACGCCAUUUUAGGGUAAACUGAGUUAGAUAUGCCACAUUAGUUGUCUAAAAAAUCUCUACAAAAUGAUGUUUUCAGAGUUUUGACAUUCUGCUUGGUUACUGAGAUAUAGCGAGAAACGUGCUGAAAAAUUUUCAAUUUUCUGCUUCAAAUGACUGGGGAUUGGCCCAAAUUAUCGUGAUGCAUAAGAUGUUUUUAUGUGUAAAACUAUCUGAGGAACACAAUGGCAUAAUUUUCAAAACAAAAAUGGACGAAUUGCGAGUAGGGUUGCCACCUCUGGAGUGCCUUUGAUCCGGAGAUUUUCACUGAUCUGGGAGAUGGUAGAUUAUGAGUGAAACUAGACAAAUUAUAAUCAAAGAAAUGAUAUUUUAGAGCACUUUAAUCGAUUGUUAUUAUUAAUUUACCGAAAAGAGACAAAUCUAUAUUGUUUCAUUACCAAAAUUAUCUCACAAUCACCGUAGUGUCUUAUGUUUUUGCCAAGAUUACUGCGCACCACUCUUUCAUGGCGUUAAAAAAGCUGUCAAUUUUGCACAUUUGAGAACGGUUUUGUCGGUUUAGUUAGGUGUAGUAUUUUACUUCCCCGGCUAAGUGCCAAAAAUACAAAAGCAUCAGCUAGCCUCGCUGUGGUGGAUAAAUCGAACGUGCAUUGCUCUCCUCCACAACUAACAAGAAAAGAAGAGCAAAGGAGGCAGGGUGGCAUCACAUGUGGUGUCAGUUAUUCAUCACCAGAGGUCCUAACAAAGAGGCAAAACUCACAUCCCUGGUCAACAGUUAAGGGUAGCUGCAGUAGUAGCAACAACAUUGGAAAAAUUCGUUUGAUGUUGACCUAGCAAGUUGGAUUAGAACAAAUCCGACAUAUCUAAGUGCAGCUGCCGAUAAGCAACACCAACAGUGAAAUGAUAUGGUAAACUUACAGCUCAAUAACUUUGAACACCAUUUUGAGCGACGUAGUGGGAUGCGAAAUUUCAAUUGUAGCAUAUUGCGAAAUAUUACUUUUCUUAAAUUGUAGUAAAUUUGAUGUUUUUUUUAUUUUCAUUGGUAUGCAAACGAGAUCAGCAACUGAACUCAUCUUCGCCACAUUGAAACGAAGGGUUAGUCGGGUAAAAUAAAUCUAAACCAGACUAAUAGUAAACUUAGAUUUUUUCAAUAUUUUGCAAAGAAUCAAUUAAUUUCAAAACAGUUGAAAUUAUGCUUCUUCCCACCAAACCCGGAGAUCUCUCCCGAAAACCGGAGUCUCCGGGUCAAACCCGGAGGGGUGGCAACCCUAAUUGCGAGAAAAAUGCAAUUUUAGUUUUAAACUGGAAAUAUAGCACAUUUAGCAACACUGUAACCAAAAAUAACUGUUUUUUAGAUUUCCUGACUUAUUUCCUUCAAAAUGCAUCUCACCGAUUGUUUAUAGGCCAAAUAUAUAAAUAAAAGUUACAAAUUGAUACUUUUUUCUAUGUAAAAUUUCUUAUGCACGAUUAUGACAAGCUAUACAAAUUUUGUCAUCAAUACACACUUAUGACACGUGUGACUGCGACUUUUGUUUACAUUUUUAGUAAAUACAACAUAGUCAUCCGAUCUUCGUAAUAUUUCAGAGAAAAAUACAGAAUAGAUAGAAGCAUCAGUUGUCUUCUUUGAAUUGUUUAUAUCAUUUAUAAGUUUCAAGAUAUUCAGUCUAAAACUUUAAAAAUCGUUUUUUCUCGAAAUGUGCUAAAUGGCGCUUGUCAUAAGAUAGCACAACAGCGACAAAAUGCCUACUGUGUAUAAAUUUUUACGGAAAUCGGUUUAGCCGUUUGGAGUCUAUAAAUCAUGUACAUACAAAUUUUGACUUUUAUAAUAGAUAGAUAGUACAAAUAACAGAAACAUUAAUCAGACUUGGCCAACUCAAUCCGAGCGCUAGUAGGGUAUACAAUCACUUCUUCCUAUUAAAAUUGUGUGACUGUAAUUUUUUACCAUUUUCACUAUCAAUUUAUUGGAAAUAUAUACCAAGCAAAUAAAAAUUGUAUUUGAGACAUAACAUUUGACUUUAGUGUUUGUCAACAAUACGACAGUCGAUUUCGCCUGUUUAUCAAUAUGACUAUUAAGUCUUGUUCCAGGGCCUAAAUAAACGUAUUUAAGAUAAAAGUCUUGUUCCGAUGCAACAAAAUGUUUCCAACCGAUUUUUCAGUCGGUUAAGUCGGGUACCAGAUUCAAUCGUAUAAAAUCUAUUGAUUAAUAUGGUGACAAAAAUCUUCCCCCGACGUUAUUCAAUUUAGUCAUUAAAAUAGUAGGUCGAUCCUGAAAACACCAGAUUUCGUCGGUCGAGUGCAUAAUUUCGCAAAUAAAUAAAUUAAAAAUUAUUAGGAAUGUCAAUUUUUUAUGGGACCUAACAAAAACAUUGUGUCAUCGAAAGUAAGAGAACUGGUGGUAAGUUCGACACUAGAGUGACAAGAAAAAAAUGACCCCUAUCGGCCCACCCCUGAGUCGAUUCCUAGUCCCACCAGGAGUACUUGUACCAACACAAUUCGACAAUUUACAUGGAGAAAACCCGCUAGCUAGCAUUUUCGCCGCUAGGUGGCACUACAUGCAUCGUAUUAUCACUGUAAGUGAAAAUAAGAAAGAUAAUUUAAUUGUUUUCAACUUUGUCGAAGACUACUAGUCCGGUUACAUAUGACAUUCCCAUAUGUGUGUGUGUGUUAACCAUCCUCUCCCGCUAGCUGGUAGUGAUUUACAGAAAAAAACAUGUUUGCAUGUAUUUAAAUAUAUUCAUGCAAAUAACUUGGUUCAUGGAUUUAGGUAGGUGUUAGCUCAAUUGACUUUCCGAUGACCCAUUUCGAGUGCAGUGCCAGACAUGUUCCGAGGUCAUCGUUCCAUCAACCAGCCCCGCCUUAAUGUAAUGUUUGUACCAAUUGGAUUUCAUCAUUACAAUAAAACUUUCGAUUCCUUUCCGGAAGGAAGAAAUCGACGCGUAUUUAGUGUAUUGAAAUAUAUACAUAUGUGUAAUGUAAUGAUCAUAAAUCUAUACCGUUUAUUCAAAACGUAAUAUCUAACAAAUGUAAACAAACUGAGUUUAUUAUGCCAAAUAAAAGCUAACCAUAGGCUCUUUAUCGUCCACAAAUAAUAGAGAAAAAUGAUAACUCUUUAUAUGUUAAUUUAAUCUUAAGUCAAAAUGUCACAUAUAAUAUACCAAAGCUUUGCUAAUAUUUUGUAGAUGUGAUGUUUUGCGUUGUGAUGUUUCUCCAAGUCGACUGUAGUUAGUAUGUUUUUCCAAUGCCAAACCUCAUAUCUACACUCUCGGUUGCAAUACAGCACAUGAAAUAUAUCACAACUACAAACCCGUCUCUUUAAACGUAACAGUAAAAUGUACCAUCUACACACGGAGUUGCCAAGACCACAUAUGUAAAAGAGCAUAAUAGCAAAAGUGAUCGGCAAAAUGUAAUAAAAUAAUAGUUAUCAAUUAUCUCUCUAUUAUCUUCGCGAAAAACAUGUAAUAUGCUUAUACGAUCCUGCAAUGAGUAAAUGCAGAGGUGAUAGUAGAAUUAAUAGCCAUCUGUGUGCUUUAAUUGUUAAACAAAUUUGAAAGUUGCAAGGAAUUUUUGCACGCGAUUUUCUCCGUUUGACGUUUCUGUUAGAUAUGAUGUAAUGAAAAAACGCUCUAGAAAUGAUAUUUAAAAUUCACUUACUCAAAAGAUCUUCCUUACUUAACCUUCCGGUGAAUGCGCUGAAUUGUAUGACAUCAGCAGUACACAUUUGGAAACUUAUUUCUCAGCUUUGUUGAAUCGAAUAUUGCUUGAGGUGUCAGUAUUAUGUAUGCGCAUGGUUGUAGAUAUUCGAUCAGCGAUAUACUGAAUAUAAUAAUAUUUUGUUCACUCUAGAUAAUCCCAUGCAUUGUUGGUUCUUCGCACAUCAUCAAUAAUCCUAGAAUGUGAUUAUGUAAUCUGUUGCAGUUUUCUUCCCCUCUGAUUACUUCAAUAUUAAUUCGUCAAAAGGGCGAAAGUGUUUUUUGUAAACAAACUUGUUUCGCUCAUUAGUCUGCAGCAGAGUGGAAUUUCAUGAAAAAUAUGCGUUAAUGUAAAUUUUUACCCUUCGUAGAAGUAAUUUCAAUUGUUUUCUGCUUUGAAAUUAUAGUAAAUUAAGAGAAACCAUCAACAUAAAAGUUUGUUUACAAAUCUUAUUCGCCCUUUUGCAAAUUUAAGAUGGACUUGUCCUCUUUUCCAAAGGAAAAAAAUAACUAAAAUGAUACAGAGAGGAACAAUAUGAGUGUUAAGAAUAAAUAAAUAUAUUUUGGCCACUCAGGAUGGUUCAACGGAUAUGAAACAGGAACAUGAAAAGUGAAACAACAGAAGAGGAUACUACCCAGGAAAUUCUCACUGUCGAAUGUAAACAGGAACUUUUGGAAGAGAGAGAACCAGAACAAAAUGUUUUAGCUCCUGAAAGCGAUGACAGAACGUUGGAAUCAAGUGAUGAUAAUGAAUCCGAAUAUUAUGAUAACGAUGAUGAUGAUGAUGAUGAUGAUGAUGAAUUCAAAUCUAGUGACGACGAAGGAGCCAAAAUGUCGAAGACAGAGACGAAACCUAAGAAAAUACGUGCCAAGUGGGGCAGCUUGGAGAAAAAAGAACCCAAAGAGCGUCGAACUGUUUAUCCGUGCGAUCGGUGCCAUAAAAAGUUUUUCGUAUUGUUCAGAUUCAAAGCCCACAAGCGCAUGCACGAUGGACUUGUACCGUACGAGUGUGAACUCUGCGGGAAAGCAUUUCCCACCGCACAUAACGUAAAGCGGCACUAUAUGCAGAAACACAGCACCAAUCGGUUAUCUUUGCCGUGUGAUCAUCCGGGUUGUGGGCAGGUGUUUGCUACCCGACAAGGGUUCAACCGACAUAAAGACCGAGUUCACAAUCCCAACUACGUGAUGCCUUCUCGAACAGCGUUCAUUUGUGAUAUGUGUGGGAAAGAGUACACCACCAAAGGAGGACUGAAGACACACAAAUACACUCAUACGCCCGCCGAGAUGCCGUUUGUGUGCAAAAUCUGCUCGAAGAAAUUUCCAACGUCUGCCAAACUGAAAGAACACACAAUGCGUCAUGAGGGAGUGAGAAACCACACAUGCCCUCAUUGCGGUCUUCAAAAAGUUUCCGGACACGAGCUGAGGACCCACAUCAAAAAUAUGCAUUCCGAGCCACGUUCUUAUUCGUGUGAUAUAUGCGCCCGGCAAUUUAGUAACACAAGUAGUUUGGGACUCCAUGUCAAAAUCGUACAUCUAGGCGUCAAACCGUAUGUCUGCACGGUUUGCGAAUUUGCGUUCGGCAGAAGUGAUCAUCUGAAGCGGCAUAUGAAGAGCCACAUGCGAGCAGGUUUAAUCAAAUGAUGGGGCAGUGCAACAAAUAUUAAUUGUAUAUAACUUAAAUUAUUUAAAUAUCUGUAGGAAUUGAAUUUAGUUCUGUGUCCUCUGACCAAUAUCGAUGUUUUCUCAAAUACAAGUAUGUUAUUAUCAUAGUCAAACAGACAUAUCACUAUAUUUUUUAUGGUUCACAAGAAAAGUGUAAUACGCGAAUGAGCGCAUCUACUACUCUUAGCAAUAAUAGUGGUAAAAAUAAUUUAUAAAAAAUUGUACGUAUGCCAGAAUCAUCACGUCGAAGCAAAUUUAGUGUAUUUAAUCAUUUGAGGUCACAAAACUGUAAAGUGCGCAGGUUGCAUACGAGAUAUUGAAAGUUAGGGAAUGUAUACAAUAUAUAUUCUAAGUGUUAUGUUCGUUGGUCUGUGUCGUAUGGUAUUUUGUUAUAGAAAUACAGCGUAUAACGUUUUUUAUGUA